AUGAGAACCAUUCUCACCUUGCUUCUUGCCACCACGGCUGCUCUGGCUGCACGCUACCGUAAACGCUCUAGAUUCCACUUCAAUGACGAGUACUUCAACGCACCAUUUAUGAAAGGUAUUAGCAAUGGAGGUCGACUUGAGUAUAAUGCAAUAUUUCGCUUCAACAAUCUCACAAUUGCUCAAGAACAGGAAAAAGUUGCACAAUGGGCGAAAAAAUAUAGUCGCACGGCGGAAGUUGAAAAAUUCAAAGCUAAAAUGGAUGAAAAUAUGAAACAGCUAAAGCAGUAUGCCCGUAACAUCAUUAAGGCCUUACCAUCCGCACUGGAAGAAUAUAUGAAAGCAACUGAAAAUAAAAGUAAGACAAUGACAGAGAUAAGGAAGGAUGUGGCACGACUCAAUGCUAAAAAUCCAACGGUGUUCAAAGUGCUGAGGUAUAUUUUACGGAGCAAUCCAAGAUGGAGACGUAUGAGGAGGAUUCGGAGACGAAAAAGGACUCUGAGAACGUCUCGCUCCCACAGACAUCUUAAGAAGCGCUCGACAGUCCUCAGCGGUGAAGCGACGAGCAAUAAAACCAUUUCUACUGGUCCAAAACCUUCACUGAAAAAGCUGCCACCGACCCCUCAACGGAAUCGCUUCAACAGCGACGAAUUGGAAUCGCUCCAACGACGACAAAAUGAAAAUGGGUUGAGCCAUAUAGAUGGAACAUUCGAGAGCAAACCCUCUCUUGUCAUGAAUGAAUUUUGA